AUGGCGAACCCGAGCCGUAGAGGAGUUUCGUGUAUUGUAGGCUUCGCUACAAUUGCCUCAGUCGUGGCUGUCCUCUUCCUUGUAUCUUGUUGCGUCGUUGUGCCCAGUGUGAAGCAGAGUCUAGGAACUUCAACUACGCGUAGGCUAGCUGACAAGGAGGAAGCUAAGUACGAUGACUCAUCUACACGUACUCUAGGAUACAUAUGCGAGUCGCAAGUACUUGAAGAGAGGAUUUCCACUCGUCCGACAGAAUCUCCUGAACUUACGAAACCGGACGUUGGUGAAGCACGCUGCAUUGCACACCGAAAGCGGGAAAGGGAGGAAGAUCCAUAUGGACCGUUUGCUGACGAAAAUGAUGAGUAUUGUGUGAGACUGGGGGAAAGGGAAGGAGAGGAGUCAAGGGAUCUUCAGAAGCUACCAGAAAACCUGCCAACACUUAGCCUGGAUCCUCUGGACAACCGAGGGGCGGGUUCUUCCCACCUGAAAUCAUACCAACUUCUGGAGCAAUACAUAGAGGAAGUGUUGGCUGCAGACGAAGCAGGCCUCUCUCUGGAUGCGUGGCUACUUGACCCCACGAAGGAAAUGCCUUCACGCCCGGCUUCUAGUGAAUUGCAACGUACAAGCGAGGAGUCAUCCAACGACGAAGACGACGGAGAGGCGCACUCAAGUGCUGCCGCACCUACAUCGUUCGAAGGGGGCACUUCUCUGAGCGGAGUAAUGGCGCAACAUUUUUUGGAGGGCCUCCUGGGGCCCUCAGGUUCAUCGGUCCCAUCUUCAGAAGCAACUAAGUCUCGUGAGGGGUCGCGCGUCUUGCAGGCCAGCACACUGUCGCACGAUUCGCAAUUCUCACCCACCCAACAGCAUUCUCAACUGGUGAACAAUGACCAAACGCAUAGUCAUCCUCUGGAACAAUACAUAGAGGAAGUGUUGGCUGCAGACGAAGCAGGCCUCUCUCUGGAUGCGUGGCUACUUGACCCCACGAAGGAAAUGCCUUCACGCCCGUCUUCUAGUGAAUUGCAACGUACAAGCGAGGAGUCAUCCAACGACGAAGACGACGAAGAGGCGCACUCAAGUGCUGCCGCACCUACAUCGUUCGAAGGGGGCACUUCUCUGAGCG